AUGGAUUCCAUGUGGACCAACCUGCUUAGACAAGAUGAGCGAUGCUGCCUCGCCAUCUGCCUGGCAGUCAAUUGCCCUCACAGCGGGCUGACCGACGAUACGUGGUACCCGCCGCUGAACAGAGUCAGGGAAGAUAUGAACAGCACCGCGGGAGAUCGGUUCAUCGCCUACAUCAUAAGCUGCCUGUGUGGGCCACUACAGGGCAAAGAGUUCGUCGUCAAGGUCGCCGCGCUCCUGGCGUGCCUGAAAGUCCGCGAAGCACCCGAGGAAUGUGACGACGGCCUGCCGGGCAACAGAACCAACUUGUUGUUCGAGUUUGACAAGGCACUGAACUUUGACUUUGGAAACAUGCUCAUCACCAUCAAAGUGCUCGAACAGGUUUUGAUGUUCUCCGCGCGGAUUUGGGAAAUCCAUGCGCCUGAAGACACCGUUCACCCCGGAACUUUGCCAGCGACUUUCGACCUCUGCGAUGAUUCGGUGUCGAGAAAGAUGUUAUACAUGUACUGCUGUGUACGAAUCUUGUUCCCCGACACUCAUGAGGCGACCAUGCACCGGACACGGGCCGUCUUCCAGAUGAGCUCUGCAGAUGCGGCCGAGCUACUUCUCGAUACGCUCAGCGACGACGAGCUGGAGUCAGGGAGGCACUCAAUGUGUGACGUGGACGAGGACCUGUUUGACGGCGAGGGCGACGAGUCUUACAUGUCUGACGUUGAAUCUGGAGAAGACUCAGACCUGUCGGAAGGAGGGCGGUUAGACGACGAUUAUGGUGAUUCAGACGUCUCCGAUGAAAGCUAUGGGCCUGGCGCAGAAGGAGACGAUAGCGAUAUAGAGUAG